CUUUCCCACGCUGGUUCAAGUGGUUAUUGACAGGCCGCCGAAGUUAGGAGUAAACCCUAGUAGAGGGGAAGAUCCAGAGUGAUUACGCGGUUUCCUUAUAGCUCUACUAUUUUAGGUCCCGUUCGUUCUUCUUUCUCGUUUCGGAGAGGCUCAUCAAGCGAAUGUUGAAAUUUUCUGGGCAUAACACGUAAUAUUCCUUCCUGUAGCAGCUGACGUCAUGGGAUCUGAAGAGGACGAGAUGGAGGGCAGAAAAGGACGGCGAAGUCGCGAAGGCGCGCGGGACAUCCGGGGAAACGAGGAGGAUGGGGACUCGAGGGACCGAGGGGGGAAGGGGGAGAAUCGGCACCCGGAUUCGCAUCGGCGAGACAGGGAAAGGGAGGGAGGUAGGACUAAGGAGAAGGGACUAGAGAGAGAGGGGAAAAGGGAGAAAAGGAGCCGUGAGAGGAAGGGAAAGGGGCCAGAAGGUGAGGAUGCAGACGCGAAGGAGGAAGCAGAGAGAAAAAAGACGAGGCAGGAGAGUGAUGAGUGGGGAGGGUCGGAGAGUGAGGGGAGUGAGGGGAGGGAAAAGGAGGAGGAGAAGGGGAAGGGGAGGGAGAAGGGUAAGGAGAAGGAGAAGGAGAAGGGUAGUGGGCGUCAUGGGAAGGGGAAGGAGAAGGGGAAGGGGAAGCGGCGGAGGCAGGAUUCUAGUAGUGAGAGUGAGAGUGAAAGUGAGAGUGGGAGUGAGAGUGGGAGUGAGAGUGAUGAUGAGAGUUCGGAGGAUAGUGAAGAAGAGAGGAGGGAGAGGAGAAGAGCGAGAAAAGAGAAGAGGAGAGAGAAGGAAGGGAAGAAGUCUAAGAAGAAAAGGAGGAAGAGAGGGAGCGAUGAGGAGAGGGAGGAGGAUGAGGAGGAAGAUGAGACGACCUCAGAGAGUAGUGGGAGUGAGACAGACGAGAGGAGGCUGGAGAGGAGGAGGAAGGAGAGGGAGCAGAGGAAGAAGGGCAAGGAGAGAGAGAAGAAGCGGAAGGAGAAGAGGAGGAAGAGGAAGGAGAAGAAGAAGGAGGAGAAGAGGGAGAAGAAGAAGGCGAAACGGGAGGCCAAGAAGGAAGCUAAGUCCAAGGGGCCGGUCACAGAGUAUGGGAAAUACGGCAUCAUUCGAGAAGUUGACAUGUGGAACAAACGACCCGAGUUCAGUGCAUGGCUGGCAGAAGUUAAGAAGGCGAACUUGGAGCAGCUGAGCGGCUUUGAGGAGAAGAACCUGUUUAAGGAGUUUAUGGAGGACCACAACACUGCCACGUUUCCUUCCAAGAAGUACUACAACCUGGCUGCAUGGGAGCACCAGCAGAUGACGAAAAACAAGGGACGGCCCGACAGGCCCUCUGGCAAGGAGAUGACAGAGUUCAAUGAUGAAGACGCCAGGAGGGAGGAAAUUCGCAGAGCGAGGGAGAAGCAGAAGGAGGAGGAGGUGCUGGCGCUCAAGCGAAGCAUGGAAACGGGCAUGGCCCAAGCAAUGAGGGACCAGGAGCGGCUGAAGGAGGAGCUGCGCUUUCUGUAUCAGAUUGGAAAUUACGAGGGAGCUGCUGCCAUUCAGAAGAGGCUUGAACCAGAUGAUCCAACUAAGCGCUAACAUGGUGGUGAUUUUGAGCACAGCUCUCUAUUUCGUUCCGAUGUUUGGUCCUAUUUGAACUCUACCCGGUUGUAACGUUUAGUUCUGUUAUGUAGACACUGAUUGUUCCAGGUUAGACCAGUCUAUCAAAAGAGGUUAUCGUGCCCAAAAACACAUCAUUAUUUGAAGAUGUACCGGUAGUUGU